AUUUGCAGAUUCCGCUUCAAUUUCAGCCUCUUGUUUACUUAACCUAGUCGAUUACGUCGUCGUCUACGGGUCAUCCCGUUCCUAGACCCAAGAAUACCUAGGUACCUUUCAAAAGUUGACAGGGGCAUUAGGCGAGCUUUGGGGCUGAAUAGGCGGGUCCAGAAUCGGUAAAUUUACACAUGCGUUAUACUGCGAUAGCUUAAGAUUGACUAUUGUGACGUCAACUCUUCAACCUUAGGUAUAUUAAAGCCCUCGAAUGACGUCAAGAUAGCUUCUGCUCCACCGGACCAAAAGUUCCUAGACGAUAUCAUACAUACAACUGACGUACAUAUUAAAGCAUCGAGGUCCAGCAGUCUAUACUGUUUCAUUCUCUUUCAUCAUUAGACUCACAUAAGAAACACCAACUAAACUCAUCGAUACUUCUCAUCACAAGAUCUAUAACAUACGAUUAAAUUCACACCUUGUCUCCAUCACAUACUAUCAAACAAAAUGACUCAAUCAAAGGCAGACAAAAUCGAGGAGGUCCGAUCCAACCUCCCUCUACCUGAACAGCCCCCCGUCGCCCCAGACUGGAACUCGGCCGACGCCCGCAACGUCAACGUCGGCUCCGGCCGCGUCCAGAGCGACGUCUCUACCGGCGCCGGCUCCACGGCGGGACUGCGUGAGCCCGCAAGCAAGAAGGACGUCGACUUAAGCGGCGUGGGCCGCCAGGGCAAGGAUAACCUGGAGAACCCGCCUAAGGAUGCGAAGUCCAAAUAGGGAGAUCGUGUGUUGAGUUGAGGGGAUAGAUGGGUUACGAUAAGAUGGUUUAUUGGGACUUGUUUGUACAACAUAGGGGGAAUAAUCUCCGAAGGGAGUGUAUUAUUUACGGAUGGAUGGUAUAGAUACGCUUAUAUGCGUUGCAUUAAGUUGCAUAGUAGCUUGACAUCGGUCGGCUACUUAGAUAGAUAGUCAUUAAUUGACUACCAUGAAGAAUAAUCUACGUGAGGC